CUGUCCAAUAAUUGCGCAACAAAAAAAAAGCUAAUUGUUAAUUUGUUCACUCUGGUUGAAUUAAAUCUAAAUGUAAAUGUUACUUAUGUGUGCUUUUGCUUACACAGCGUUGCUUUGUUUUUCUGUAUCUUUGUUGGUACAUAAGGCAAAGAGUGAUACAUGUAUUAUUUAGAAGAGUGAACGUUAUCCUAAUUCAAUAGUAACACCUGUUAUCUCGCUCUCUCCUCACAGGUGCGUCUGUAUCAACAGAUGGAACCUCACGAACAGCUGGGUCUCAAGCUCCAAAACCGUCUUCUCAGGGAUCGGUUGUCUUUUCCAGAUUGCCUUUAUCGAGCAACCAGGAAGCCUCAAAGAUAAACCAGGGGACCAGCCCAGUGCAGUUCCCCAGUUCUGAUCCACCAGAGCGAAGCCGUGUGAGAUUUCAGCCACUUCAUGUGGACUACGACAAGGCGGGCCAUCACCUGGACCAAAGUUCCGCCCCCAAGGCAGGAGGGGAGCGAGACCAGGAGAGCAGGGACCCUCACCUCCCUCACCCUGCUGCCCGGCAGAGCAGCAGCACUCUGGACCAGCUGUGGGAGAGGUUCUGUGCUCAGUGGAGCCUGGAGGAGUCCCGACCAACCAGCGACAGAGAGGCCUCACUGCUUGAGCGGCUAGAACGCCUGUCCUGUCUCAUUCAUAGCACCAGGGAGACACGCAUGUCAGGACUACAAGAAGAGAAGCCAGGGAGGAGGGGAGAGGAUGUUGGAGAGGUGAAGAGGAGCUUCGGCUGUGAGGCCAGAGGACUGGAGAGGAACGUCGGAGGAGGUAGAAAGGUCCACGGUGAACCUCCCGUCCCUCUUCAGGCCUGGACGCAGAGGCUUCAGGGAGAGGAAGCGUCUCAACCUGCAGACGAGGACAGCCGUGACUCCUUCACCUCCGGCUUCUCUCAGGGCUCCUCCCACAGUCAGCACCUCUGUCCUGCAGACAGAGACGAGUCGGAGACUUUGUCCACCGUCUCCGGCUCCAUGUCCACCGUGGACACGGCGCGGCUGGUCCGAGCCUUCGGCGCCCACCGAGUCCAGCACCUGAUACCGAGCUCCAGCCUCAGCAAACUGUACAGCACCAUCAGCAAGCAGAAAGAAGGGAGAGAACAGAGGAGAGGAAGACACAAAGAGCCACCUCACCUCAUCACACUGUCAGAGAGCACCGAUGAGUCCACAGCUGCUGCUGCUUCUACAACAUCAACCAGCACCGACAACCGAGCGUCUCGCCGCGGCGCCUCCAGGCCUCUGGCAGCCAAGAAGGCUGUGAAACUGGUCAGCAGAGGCGUCCAGGCAGGUGACCUGGAGCUCGUCAGCAACGGGACUCGACGCCACACACGAGAUGUUGGAACCACAUUCCCUUCGCCUGGUGAAGCCAGAACAUCCUCUUCCUCGUCCAGCUUAGAGAGAGGAAGAGGAGGGAAAAGGAGCCCCUCUCAGAGUCAGGGGUCACAAAGACAGAGGAAGAGCAAGAGAAGCCCACCAAAGACCCUCCCUGAAGGUGUUUCAUGGUUCAUCUCUGCUGAAGACCUGAGGUCAGAGGCGAGGAAGGAGAACCGACCAGAGGAGGAGGAGUCGACGUGGAGGCCGAGCACCGCCUGGUUUCAACCGCACAGCAGAAUGAAUCCAUGGAGAGAACCGCUGAGUCCCACACAAGUCCACCAGGACAGAUACCAACACGCUGAACCCGGUUUAGACCAGAGACCCAAAGCCACGUCCUCGGGUCUGGCUCGUAUCUCUCUUCGGGUCGGUUUGUCUUCUUUCUUCACAGAACAUCGCCGAACAGGCUCUUGGUUAGGCAGAAUGUUUAUUUGUACAUUUAAAGAAGUGAGAGAGGAACACGCCGUUAGUGCCGGCCCGGCUACGUAGACGGAUCACAGAGGAGGAGAGAUCACAACACACACAGGAGGAGAGA